AUGAUGCGUUUCGUGUCUCUAUCGACAGUAUUUAUCGUGCUGAUGGUGCAUACAGAGGCAAAGGAUCGUUGUACUGCCAUUAUCGUUGGAGCCAAGGCAUCAACUACUGGUACUCCCAUGACAACUCACACAAACGACUGUUCGUCUUGUGACUUUCGAAUCGUCAAGGUACCGGCUAAGGCAUAUGAGGAUGGUGUCCAGCACGACGUCGUGCUUGCAGCCUUUGAUUAUCCACGAUACGUGGGUGAUGCUCGUAGCAAGGAAUAUCUUCCGGAGAAUCUCGACACACGUUUCUACAAUUGGACUGUAUCACCUGCAAUUGGCAGCAUCCCAGAGGCUCCGCAAACCUUUGCUUAUAUUGAAGGCGCCUAUGGAAUUAUCAAUGAACACCAAGUUGCUAUUGGUGAAAGUACUUGCCCCGCACGGUUCUGGACCAAGCCAGUGACGCAAGGAGGCAAAGCGCUCUUUGACGUGGGUGAACUGUCUCGGAUUGCACUACAGCGUACCCAAACAGCUCGUCAAGCUAUUCAGCUAAUGGGAGAUCUUGCUGUGCAGUAUGGAUACUACGGGGCUGUGUGGGAAGGUGAAGGUGUGUAUGACGAAGCAGGCGAAGCUCUCACAGUGACGGACACGAAAGAGGCGUGGAUUUUUCACAUUCUGCCUGAUGAUACUGGUAAGUCGGCUGUCUGGGCAGCGCAGCGUGUUCCGGACGAUCAAAUUAGUGGCGUUGCUAACCAGUUUGUGAUCCGCGAGUUGGACUUAAGCCGUCCGACGUUUUUUCUGGCGUCCCCGAAUGUACACGACGUGGCUAUCCGCAACAACCUUUGGAAGCCUCACAAUAACACGCCAUUCGAUUUUACUCGUGCGUAUGCUCAACCUCGUAAGCCGAUGCAUCAGUACUACUCAACUCGUCGCAUUUGGCGUUUAUUCACGCUUGCCAACCCGGCGCUAGAGUUGUCCCCGACAACCGAUUUACUUGGCAGCGAUUAUCCGUUUGGAGUCAAGCCGGCGUCGCCUCUUUCUCCUCGUGACAUUAUGCGCUUCCAGCGGGACCACUACGAAGGCACGCCAUUCGACAUGACGAAGAGCCCCAAGAGUGGCCCAUACGGCGACCCUGACCGUUACGACCCAUCUCCGAAUCAUGACCUUACCAAGGAAGACAUUUCCCAUGGCCAUUUCGAGCGUGCAAUCUCAAUCUUUCGUGCGAGCUACUCGUUUGUAUCAGUACUGGACCCAAGCAAUCCGGACAACGCGUACCUUUGGUUUGGCCAGUACGCUCCACACGCAACUACUUACACGCCCGUGUUUGUGCAAGCGACUGACGUGCCAAAGCAAUUGUCGCGUGGUUCGCUGUACGCAUUUGAUCGUGAGUCAUCCUUUUGGAUCCAUGCUUUGGUUGGAAACUGGGCGGCACGCUUUUACUCGUACAUCAGUCCUUUCGUUAGAAGAGUUCAAGACGAGGUGGAGAGUUACGCUGACGGGAUGCUUCGGAGCGUGCUGAUGGAAGCUGCGCAGCACAAGCGAGACAGCGGAGUACAGGCUAUGCGGGAGUUUAUGACGGCAACGAGUGAGGACUUUGCUCAGCAAGCGCACCGUGCUUCGGCAGACUUGUUUGACUACCUCGUCACCGCCUUCCACGACGGCUACCAGGUUUCCAAUUUCUACUCAAAGAUGCUCACAGUUCAGUCCAUCUUCUACCCAAAGUGGUGGCUGCAGUCUGUUGGAUUCUUCGAUGAUGCUGAAGAAAGUAUUGACACCUCGUCUGCGUCGAUGAGUUCUGCGUCAAAGUCAUCUCACAGUGGAGUGGCGGUCGAUACAUCAAAAGCAAAGGUCGUGUGCGAGACCGCGCAUAAAGGGUCCGUAUCGUACUUCACCACGAUGAUCCUGAUGAUUCUUUCAAGUCUUGCGGGUCUUUUCCUCGGUCGCAAGUUUCAUGGUCCGCUCACUACCAAACAACAGGGAUAUCGACCGCUUUAG